CCUCCAAUUUCUUUUCAUUAUUAACUCAUUUUCUUUGAAUCAUAGCUUGCAAGUUGUACUGGUAUUGUCACCUCUGCAAUGGCCAUUACUUCUCUCUCCUCUAUGGUGCCCUUUGCUAUUACAAGAAGGGGAGGAUUUUGCCAAAGAGUCUUUUUGAGGUCUACUGUUAGAAAUGGACCUCAUUUCUCGUUGAUGUCAAGACCUUCAUUUGGAUGCUUCUGCACUACUGCUUCUGGUGCAGGAAAGAGUCCUGAAGGGAUGGGACAGACAACCGAAGGAGAGCAAAGCUUUAAAUCAUUUGCAUGGCCAGACCCAAAGAAGCCACGGAUAUGCAUUUUAGGUGGGGGAUUUGGUGGGCUCUAUACUGCUUUAAGAUUGGACUCUCUUGUAUGGCCACUUGACAAAAAACCCAAUGUGCUUCUUGUAGAUCAAUCAGAUCGUUUCGUUUUUAAACCAUUGCUUUAUGAACUUCUCUCAGGAGAGGUUGAUGCAUGGGAAAUAGCACCCCGUUUUUCUGAAUUACUGGCUAACACUAGCGUACAAUUCUUUCAAGAUAAAGUGAAACGUGUAUCUCCCUGUGAUAACUUGAGAAAAAAUGGGUCUUUUGGUCUGGAUAGUGGUGGAACUGUGCAUCUUGAAAGUGGAGUUUUAGUUGAAUAUGACUGGUUGGUUGUAGCAUUGGGAGCAGAGGCUAAGCUGGACACCAUACCAGGUGCUUUUGAGUUUGCAAUACCUUUUGGAUCAUUGGACGAUGCAUGUAAGGUAGAUAAUGAGCUGAAAAAAUUGGAAAGAAGGAAGUUCGGUAAGGAUUCAUUACCAAUACGGGUGGCUGUUGUUGGGUCUGGCUACUGUGGGGUUGAGCUUGCUGCAACUAUAUCAGAGAGAUUACUGGAAAAAGGAUUAGUUCAAGUAAUCAAUGUCGAGAACACCAUCUGUCCUAAUGCUCCAGCUGGAAAUCGGGAAGCUGCUUCAAAAGUUCUCACAUCCAGGAAUGUUCGGUUUUUCCUGGGCUAUUACGUGAGUUGUGUAAGAAAAGCUAGUGAUAUGUUUACUUCCUUGGAAACCUCCAGAAAAGAUGCUUCUUCUGAGCAAUUAUCUGAGGCAUACAUAUUGGAACUUCGGCCUGCUCAAAAACGUCUGCAGAGUAAGAGUCUGGAAGCAGAUCUUGUCCUAUGGACUGUGGGAUCGAAACCCCUUGUACCUCCUUCUGAUCCUUGUGAAUAUUCAAAUGUGUUCCCUUUAAAUGCAAGGGGCCAAACUGAGACUGAUGAGAACCUUCGGGUCAAGGGCCAUCCACGAAUAUUUGCCAUUGGUGAUUCUGCUGCUUUAAGGGAUUCUUCUGGUAGGCUCCUUCCGGCUACAGCUCAGGUUGCUUUUCAACAAGCUGAUUUUGCUGGGUGGAAUCUUUGGGCGGCAAUCAACAAUCGGCCUUUACUGCCUUUUAGGUUCCAAAAUCUGGGAGAGAUGAUAACCCUUGGAAAAUAUGAUGCCGCGGUUUCCCCAAGCUUCCUAGAGGGAUUGACCUUGGAGGGCCUUGUUGGUCAUACCGCAAGAAAGCUUGCAUACUUGUAUAGACUGCCCACUGAUGAACAUCGAAUCAAGGUUGGCAUCAGCUGGUUUACAAAAUCUGCUAUCGAUUCAAUCGCAACACUGCAGGGCACCUUGACAAAGGUUUUAUCAAACUGAUUUUUGGCUUGGGUUGCUUCACUAUAAUUCGUACGACAUGGUGUAAACUCUGUGCUUGUCAGAACUUGAAAGCAUAAAAAGAAAAAAAAUUCAGGACUGUUUAAUAGUUUCUACAUU